AUGAGCCAUCACUUCCCUCUCUCGCCAGACUUCCAGGAGUGGGCAAGUACUGCCUCGCGCCGUGAAAGCACGGUCUCAACCUCCACCGUGUCGUCCGCCUCAACUAGCAUCCUCUUCCAGAGCCCCGCAACCUCCCCCGGGACUAGCUCGCGGAAGCAGUCAUGGCAAUCGUACGAUGAUGUGGUGCGCCUGGAGCUCCAUCCCUCCAUGACUAUCUCAUUCGUCAAGAACGGCCAACUCUUCAAAUUACGCUAUUCCUUUAUCGACGUAUGUAAAGACGCAACGGGGGCGUUGAAAUGUCUCGAGCUCGGGGGAGGGUUCGGCCAGCAAACGCCCUUUGUUCACACCUUUCACAAUACCAAACUACCCGUCCCUCAUCUUGAACAUCCCAAAGACAGCGAACAGUACCCGCUUCGUGUUUCCUUCCUCGAUCACCAAACCGUCCAGACGGCACAAGUCGUAUUCAUGACACAGCUGUCAUAUAAAUUUGAGAAUUGGGAAGAUUGUGUCCAAUUCCAAGAACUGUUACUAUGCUCCAAACUGGUCUUUCUGGGAGGCAUGGCCGAAGCCAAGUCCAAGGGCCGCGGGGAGGAGUGCAUCAGCCAGAAUCUCCGAAUCCUCCGCGGGCAGAAUGGCAAACGAGUCAUGCUCUACUUCGCCAAUUCACAGCGCAACCAGCUCAAGCGAUACGUAUCUAUUCCCCUCAACUGCGUUGCGAGUAUCAAACCUCCGAAGAAAGCCGGGCGACCGAUGACCAUCGAACUCAACCCCAACUUCGAGAUCUUAUCACAAAUGCGAAACCUCCAAAUCACCUUUCUGGAUGAUGAUGGUCAGUGCUCCGACCUCCAUGGGCAACGGAAGCUCGAGCCCAUCGCUUACUGUUUCUUAGAUUGCAAGAACUUUUGCCAGCUGCUGUCAACGGAUCUUACGAUUGGAUGA